AGCAAGAGGCGAUGACGUCAGCACUUCCACAACAACAAGCAGCAGCAGAAAAACAAGGAAGUGAAACACUAAGCUGUUUUUCUUCCAGCGACGCCGUGACGAGACACAAAUAACCACCGCGCUAAUAUUCACACAUUCUACCAGCCGCAAGCCCGACGACAACAAUGAACAACAAAGGAUCCUAUCCUCAGCAGAGCGUGUACCCUCAGCAGAACACUGCGCCCGUCUACCCUCCCACUAUGCAAAUGUCCCCUCAGGCGCCUCCUUACACGGACACGCCCCCCGCAUACUCUGAGAUCUACCAGCCCAGAUACGUGCUUCCCCAUCAGGUGGCCGGCCAGAUGCCUCAGAUGUCGUCCCCCUACGUCGGCACUCAGGUCUACAUGCCCAUGCAGCCGCAGAUGCCCGUUGGUCACAUGGGACAGAACGUGCCCUUGGCGUACUAUCCCGUGGGGGCCAUGUACCCACCGGGGUCCACAGUGAUGAUGGAAGGCGGCUACGACACGGGCGCUCGCUUCACGGCCGGCAGCAGCGUGUCCAUCCCGCCCCCACCCCCUGGACACCCCCCCAAUGCGGCCCAGCUGGCGGCCAUGCAGGGCGCCAACGUGGUCAUGUCGCAGCGAAAGAGCAACUUCUUCCUGGGCGGCUCCGGCGGAGGUUACACCAUCUGGUAACGGCAGCUGACCCCCUCACGCCUACAACCGCGUAACCCCCCACCCCCACCCCUCACCUCCCGUCAAUCACACUCUCCCCCCCUCUCCCCUCCCGUUAGGCUGCUUGGCCACAAUACUGACAUCACCUAAUGGAAUGUAAUGUUUUCAAGCCCUUGUGAAAGGUACAGUACUCCACUUGUGACCUAGCGAUCAAAUGACGAGCGGCAGUAUUUAACGUCGUCGAGUCCGUUCCAUCGCCCCCCCCGCCCCACCCCUCCAUCGCUGUGCUUUUUAUUUAAGGCCAUUCCGGGUCGACGAGAAGCCGGGCUACGGUACUAACAGAUUCGUAGGUUAGCGAUGUAGCUAGGUUUGUGUUUUUUAGUGGUGCCAGGCAUAAUCACCGGGCUAACUUAUUCAAAUCCGGUCAGGAGACAAAAAUGUGCUGAAGCAUCAGAUAUCAACUGAGGACAGGUCUUGUAGGUCAGGGGUCGGCAACCUUUACCACUCAGAGCCAUUUUGACCCGUUUCACAAAAUCAAGAAAAUGACAAGACUCUUGAAAUUUAUAAUGAAAUAACACUUUAUACCGAGUUUUUUUUUUUUUGCUUUGUGUUAUGUAUAAACCAGGGGUCUCAGACACGCGGCCCGCAGUCAAAUAUGAAGAUUUGAUGUUAGUGCGGCAAGUAAGUUUUAUAUGAAUGCCCUUUAUUAGCAUCACACAUGCAAUUUAUCCUCCCGAUUUGUCCGAGAGACUCGCGGGUUACAGAGUGAUUAUUCCCUCGGACGUCUAAUUAUCAAAAAUAAGGGCGUGCUACGAUGGCACUGUCUUUAACGCCCUCCACAAAUUGUACAAACAGCUUACCAGUCAGGUCACGUAUUGUAUGCGACUCAAGGCAUUCUUGUUCAACAGCCAUACAGGUCACACUGAGGGUGCCAGUUUAAACAACUUUAACACUGUUACAAAUAUGCGCCACACUGUGAACCCACACCAAACAAGAGUGACAAACACAUUUCGGGAAAACAUCCGCACUGUAACACAAUGUAAUAAGUACCAAGAAUCCCCUGCAACCCUGACUCUUCCUGGCUACAUUAUACAACCCGCUAGCACCAACCCCCCUUCCCCUCCUGUGUCGGUUGGGGGGGCAGGGUGUAUAAUGUACCCUCGGGGUUGCAUGGGAUUCUGGGUACGUAUUAUGUUGUGUUUAUGUUGUGUUACAGUGCGGGUGUUUUCCCGAAAUGUGUUUGUCAUUCUUGUUUGGUGCGGGUUCACCGUGUGGCGCAUAUUAGUAAGAGUGUUAAAGUUGUUUAUAUCACAACCCUCAGUGUAACCUGUAUGGCUGUUGAACAAGUAUCCCUUGCAAUCGCUUGAGGAUUGUAACUGAGGUGUCCCACAAUACGUGACCGGCCGGCACGCACUUAGUGUUGUAUAGCGGGCACAAUUACACGUAGUAGAAGAUGUCAUGGGUAUUGCCCUCAAUGUUACUGUCCGAGUCAAAAUCGAAGUCUGCAUACCUCAGGCAAUUUUACGGAAAGGCACUGAGGUCAGAAAUCUCCCGGUAUUUUCGGGAAGGCCGGCGAGUUAACAGCUGAGCCACACCAGAGUGAUCAAAGAGCCGCGGGUUGCCGACCCCUGCUGUAGGUAACCAAUAAAAAAAAAAAGGGUCUCUUAUAAAGUCUAGAGCAGGAGUGUCCAAACCUUUUCCAGCGAGGGCCGCAAACAGAGUACAAUGAAAGCUGCAGGGUCCACGUUGAUUCAUUUUAAAGAUGCUAAAAUCAGUCCGAUACAGGUCUAAACUAUAUGAAAAAUUAAGCAAAUGUGAUGCAAUAUUUCAUAAUAAUAAUAAUGAAUGAAUCUGAUAUUUCCAUAUGCAGAUGGUUAAAAAAAAAAAGGCCCGCGGUCACACUUUGGACAUCCCUGGCCUAGAGACUUGAAGCAUCUCUCCAACAUUGGACCCCAUUAGUGUAGAUAGUUCAGCUGCUUCCUGGUGAAAGUAAAGCGCAUCACGGAGUUUGAAGGGGGGAAAAAAAAAGAAAAAAAAUCACCACUUUUUUUUUUGUGUAGUUGAACUAAAUAUAUGUGUAGUAGUUCCAUGUAAGUACGAGUAUGACUGUCACAGAAAUCCUCAAGAAAAAAACAACAACACAUGCAUCUUGGAUGCUUUUAGAUGGAUUGAACUCGUCUAAAAAAAUAUCCUUUAAAUUUGGGAGAGAAGAAUCAAAAAAAAGAUACGACUUCCACGCACUUGCAGCCAAAGUGGUUUACUGUACCUUGUUGGGCAUCUUGUAGUUUUAACAAAUAGUCAAGUGCCAAAGAGCACGUUUAAUGAAAUCAAACUUUAAAAAGUGAAGAUUUAGUCAAUCCAAAUAUUGAGUCUAGUGGAAAGGGCUGGUUGGUGUAACAUUUUACAGCUUUUCUUUUCUUUCUGCCCCGCUGUCGGAUACCCAGAGUUUAUACACGACGUCUGUUACUCGCUGUGUCGCAUCCUCGCGUGCUUGAACAAUAAGAAAAAAAAGCCUCCUUUUUUCCCCACAUUUUUGCUAAAGUUAUCUGGUUUAUUUUCCACUUUUAUUAGGCUUUUUGAUUAUUAUUUUUUUUACUUUGAUUGUGAAAAAAGCUAACAUAUCAAUUCAUAAACGGAUUGUUAGUGAUUUUUUUUUAAAAACAAUCACAUGUUAGUUUGUGACGUUUUUGCACCUUUUGUAUUAAUUUAAUUAAAGCUGAGAUGCACUACUAAGAUAAUUCUAUAACCUUGGUUUCUUUUUAUGAGGAUGGUUGUUUGUUUUCUACUACAAAAGGAAGCUGUGAACUAGUUUGCUAAAAGUCUGUGCGCUGAUUUAACAUUCAGGUGAAUAACUGCUGAUGUUGGUGAAAGUUUAUUGAUAAACUGACAAUAUUACCUGCGUGUCCAUCAUACAUACCUCCAAACUUUACAUCACAUCACAAGAAAGGAAUGGAAACAAUGUCGUUGAGCGGGAAAGUAAAACCCCGGAAGUGUGACCAAGCCACCAGCAUCCCUGUGCUGUGAUUGGUUCCGACGCGCCACGUCAUCGGAGCUAUCCAAUCAGCAUGCUGCAUUUGCGCUCCUUUAAAAUGCUACACAUGCGUAAAAAACAUGUACGUUUUUUUAAGGAAGCCCAAUUUAUGUUGCGGGAACAAUUGUUUGAGUUGUGUACCAUUAAGCCAACAAUAUGUUAUUGUAAAGUGAAAAAUAGGUUGUUUUACUUACUUAAACAACGACACGGCAAAAUCCCGGAUGUAUGACUAAGCGACCCGGCAUCCCCGUGCUGUGAUUGGUUCCAUCGCGUCACGAACCAAUCAGCAUGCUGCAUUUGCGCUCCUUUAAAAUGCUACACAUAGGUAAAAAACAUGUACGUUUUUUUAAGGAAGCCCAAUAUAUGUUGCAGGAAAAAAUGUGUGAGUUGUGUACCAUCAAGCCAACAAAAUGUUAUUGUAAAGUGAAAAAUAGGUUGUUUUACUUUAAGAACGACACGGCAAAAUCCCGGAUGUAUGACUAAGCGACCCGGCAUCCCCGUGCUGUGAUUGGUUCUAUCGCCUCACGAACCAAUCAGCAUGCUGCAUUUGCGCUCCUUUAAAAUGCUACACAUACGUAAAAAACAUGUACGUUUUUUUAAGGAAGCCCACUUUAUGUUGCGGGAACAAUUGUUUGAGUUGUGUACCAUUAAGCCAACAAAAUGUUAUUGUAAAGUGAAAAAUAGGUUGUUUUACUUACUGUAAGAACGACACGGCAAAAUCCCGGAUGUAUGACUAAGCGACCCGGCAUCCCCGUGCUGUGAUUGGUUCUAUCGCGUCACGAACCAAUCAGCAUGCUGCAUUUGCGCUCCUUUAAAAUGCUACACAUACGUAAAAAACAUGAACGUUUUUUUAAGGAAGCCCAAUUUAUGUUGCGGGAACAAUUGUUUGAGUUGUGAACCAUUAAGCCAACAAUAUAUUAUUGUAAAGUGAAAAAUAGGUCGUUUUACUUACUUUAAGAACGACAUGGCAAAAUCCCGGAUGUAUGACCAAGCAUUUCCGUGCUGUGAUUGGUUCUAUUGCGCUUACGUCAUCGGAGCCAUCCAAUCAGCAUGCUGCAUUUGCGCUCCUUCAAAAUGCUACAUAUUUCUUUUACCAGACUUGUUUUUUUUAGGGAAACCCAAUUUAUGUUGCGGGAAAUUUAUUUGAGUUUUGUACUAUUCAGCCAACAAAAUAUUAGUGUACACUAAAAAAAUAUGUUGCUUUACUUACCUUAAUAACGUGGAAAAGUUCCGGAAGUGUGACCAAACAUCCCCGUGCUGUGAUUGGUUCCAUCGCUUCAUGUCACCGAAGUUAUCCAAUCAGCAUGCUGCAUUUGCGCUCCUUCAAGAUGCUACAUAUAUUUUUAGCAGACUGUUUUUUUUUAAAGGAAGCCCAUUUUAUGUUACGGAACAAUUUUUUUGAGUUUUGUACCAACAAAAUAUUAUCAAUCAAUCAAUGUUUACUUAUGUAGCCCUAAAUCACUAGUGUCUCAAAGGGCUGCACAAACCACAACACAAACCACUACGACAUCCUCAUUAGUGUACAUUAAUAAAAUAUGUUGCUUUACUUACCUAAAAGCCCUACUGAAAUGUGAUUUUCUUAUUUAAACGGGGAUAGCAGGUCCAUUCUAUGUGUCAUACUUCAUCAUUUUGCGAGAUUGCGAUAUUUUUGCUGAAAGGAUUUAGUAGAGAACAUCCACGAUAAAGUUCGCAACUUUUGGUCACUAAUAAAAAAAAGCCUUGCCUGUACCGGAAGUAGCAGACGAUGUGCGUGUGACGUCACAGGUUGUGGAGCUUCUCACAUCUGAACAUUGUUUACAAUCAUGGCCACCAGCAGCGAGAGCGAUUCGGACCGAGAAAGCGACGAUUUUCCCCAUUAAUUUGAGCGAGGAUGAAAGAUUUGUGGAUGAGGAUAGUGAGAGUGAAGGACUAGAAAAAAAAAAAGUAAAAAAGGCGGGAGUGGGAGUGAUUCAGGUGUUAUUAGACACAUUUACUAGGAUAAUUCUGCAAAAUCCCUAUUGUGUUGCUAGUGUUUUAAUGAGACUAAAUAGUACCUGAAACUCGGAGGAGUGUGGCCACGGGUGUGUUGACACCAGAGUCUCUGCAGCUGCAGCAGGACGGAAGCUCCGCUGAUGUCUCCGGUAAGAGGCGACUUAUUACCACAAUUUUUUCCCCCGAAAACCGCCGGUUGCCAUGUUCGCUUGACCACGCUGAUCCAUAGUAAAGCUUCAUCUUCGGGAAUUUUAAACAAGGAAACACCGGCUGUGUUUUUGUGGCUAAAGGCUAAAAAGCUUCCCACCUACAUCUUUCUUCUUUGACGUCUCCAUUAUUAAUUGAACAAAUUGCAAAAUAUUCAGCAACACAGAUGUCCAGAAUACUGUGUAAUUAUGCGAUUGAAGCAGACUACUUAUAGCUUGGACCGGGCUGGAAAAUAAUGUCCGCUACAACCCGAGACGUCAAACACACGCUGCGACGUUUUCAACACGACAUUUCGCCGGAAAUUUAAAAUUGCAAUUUAUCAAACGAUACUGGCCGUAUUGGCAUGUGUUGCAAUGUUAAUAUUUUAUUAUUCAUACAUAAACUAUCAGACUGCGUGGUUGCUAGUAGUGGCUUUCAGUAGGCCUUUAAUAACGUGGCAAAAUAACAGAAGUGAGACCAAGUUAGGAUUGGUCCAAACGGAACACAUGACUGCUUUCGGCCAAUCCGCACGCAGGGGGCGGGGCCAUGUGUGAAAACUGCUGCUCUGAGAGUACACUAGUGUUCAUUAAAAAGCUGCAAAUGAAGAUAAACAACGUUUUCUUGUUCCUCCUCUCGAUAAAGUAAACCAGGGGUAGGGAACCUAUGGCUCUAGAGCCAGAUGUGGCUCUUUUGACGACUGCGUCUGGCUCUCGGAUAGAUCUGAGCCGACAUUGCUUAACAGGAUAAGUCAUGAAAAAUUCCACUUGUAAUCACAGUGUUAAAAAUAACGUUCAAAAUAUAAAAUAUUCUCAUGCUUUUUUUAUGUUCAAGAAGUUGCGUUAAUGGUAAGAAGUAUUUUAUUUAUUAUUGCUUAGUGUGGGGCUUGCCCUCCUUGGGGGUUCUUCAAACCACCAAGAGCCUGUUUUAGGGUUACAAUAUUGUUUUAUUUUAUUUUUCUCUCUGUUGCUUUCCAGCAAUUGUCUUUUUCUCUUUCGUCUUCACUCGCACUCUGGUUUCUAGCCUCAAUCCCGUCUCGACUCCUGGCUGCUGCUUAUAACAGAGCGACAGGUGGUUAGAUAAAAAGGCCCAGGUGGGCCUUCUACGCACCUGUCGCUGAUUUCGCUUUGCUGCAGGCCCGCAGACCACGCCCCCACCACAGUUAACUUCAGAAUAAAAAUGUUAAUACAAAGAAUAAGAGACCUAUGGAAAUGUUGGUCUUACUUAAAAAUGCACACGUUUAGUUGUGUUCAGUGUUAAAAAAAUUAUUAUAAGGCUCUUAGGGAAAUACAUUUGAAAAUAUUUGGCUUCUUGGCUCUCUCAGCCAAAAAGGUUCCCAGCCCCUGCAGUAAAGAGUGAAUACUGCAAACUUUCCUUACAUAUUUAUGCAAAUUUAUGGUCAAGUUGCAUCAUGUCAUUUUUUUUUUUUUUUUUAAUGCAUUUUAUUUUCCAGGUAAGCCAUGGCAGAGGUCUGUGGUUGUUUUUGUUUUCAAUCCAUCCGCGUGGUGACUGGGUAUCCGACUAUAUUCAUUCACUUUUUGGCCGCUGUGGCUGCGCCUAAUGUUAAUGAUGCAGUUGCCGUGGAAACCGUGCUGCUAUUCAGGCUAUGUUCCUGAGAAAAAAAACAAACAAAAAAACGGGCCACAGCAUCCAAAACUUGAGCCAUCCUGUUUAUUAUUUCCCCGCCCCGGCCCGCCAUCGACUUAUUCUGUGUGUGACGGUGCCAGCAAUAUGAAGUACUUCCUGUAUGAGCCCCGCAUUUAAGACGCCAACCACAGCCGGACGAGACUCUCUCUCUCCCGUCGAAGGAUUACGGACAUUCAUUGUUCAGGGAUUCUAUUUCCGAUGUUUGUACAAAAAAAAAAAAUGUCGAGAUGCAGCGGGAAAAAGCGAGGGACUCGUUAUGCACACGUUCUUGUCUUUUAAGAAGACCAAAAGGGUGUCAACAACCAGUCCAGUUGAGAACUAAGGUGCACUUAACUUUUUUAUACUAAACUUAAGAUUUCAACAACAAAAAAAAAAAAAAUGUAAGUUUAGAAUAAGGGUUAUUUUGGACAUUUGUUGUUUCAAUUUCUCCACGUAUGUAAUGUAUUAAAACGGGGCAUACCGCUAAAUAAAGGACAUUUGGGUUCUUUUGUAACGUGA